AUGCAGGAGGUGAAGACAAACAUGGCCGAAGCAGCGAAUACCGCUAAGCAGGCUAAGGUCACGGCAGACUUGGCCAUGAAAGCAGCGGAUAUGAUCAAGCAGGAGGACAGCAAAGCACCGGAUAUCGUGAAAUUCAUGGAAGGCGUGCUCGCCGAGGCCAGGGAGGACGUAGAGGAAACUUUCGCAUAUGGGAAGGGAUUUGCGGAACGCGGUGGCGCACGGUUCAAAACGUCUGAGGCCAUGUGGAAACACGUGCGCAAGAAGGCGGGCCAACAUGUUCAUAAGUACAAUGGCCAGAACCUGUACUGCAAUACGGAUUACAAGUACAGGGACCCGACAUCGGAGGAUGCAAAACGUGAGCGGGCGGUCCGGAUGAUGGUGAGGAAGAUCGUCGAGGUCAACGGGGACAUUGGGGCUGCGGUGAAAUACAAGAUCGACACCAAUUACUUCAAAGGCAUUGCGUGGUUCAAGGAUGAGCGGGUGGCAGCAUGGGUAGACGGUAAGAUGGACUUGGUUGGGGCGGGUAUGGUUUGGAAGGACCACUUCGAAAAGCUCUACGCCGCAGAGGUGCAGCAGAUGUUCUUCGAAAGGCGGGCGGCGACGUGCCCGGCCGCCCGGCGGGCAUUUGCGGACUUUUACGAAGCGCUGUACAAGGGCGCCCGCGCGGAGGGCCUGGAAGAGCAGGAGUUGGAUGGCUUGGAGGAACAGCGCAUUUUCCGCAAUGGGCGUGGUUGCGAUGAUGCGGCACACGUGCUGCGCACGGUGGUGGAAAAAUCUGCCGAGCGGGGAGGAGACUUGAGGUUGGCAGCACUUGACGUAGAGAAGGCGAUUGGCAAGGUGCAUCACGACGAACUGUUCGACUCUCUGUUGUCUGCCAAUAUAGACGUCUCUGUCGUAAAGGUGUUGCGCGAGCUUUACCUGGGCACGGGGGCGCGCGAGCGCAGCUGUGGCCAGGCGUGGAGACGGCUCGCCCGCGUCGCCUUCGCUGGCGACGUUAGUUUGGUGGCGCGGUCUUGGCUUUCGCUCGAGAGAAUGGCGUUGGAGUUACGACGUCUGUUGCUGCUUCGUGGCCUGUGCUUGCGCCCCACCAAUUGCGAAGCACAGACGGAUAUCCUGGGCUGGGCAAGACGGGGGGGCGCUGUUUUAGAAGACGGCUUUUCCUUGCAAGUCUUAGAGAAGUCGGAGUGCCUGGAGGCGCUAGGCAGAUCGGCGUCACCCGCGGACCCAACGAAGCCUGAGAUCGAUCACGGGUUGGCAUUUGGGUGGCGGGAAUUCUGGGCUUUGAAGCGCCUGCCGCUCAGCCCGAAUGUCUCGAUCAACAGGCGCCUGCGUCUCUUCGACGCCACGGCGGGCAGCGCAGUACUCCAUGGAUCGCAUUCCUGGACGCCGCGAAACGACGUCGAUUCUUGGACCAAUCAGGCGCUGGACCGGGAUUGGUGGUCAUCCAGAGUCGAGAAUUUCGCCGCGUGGUUCAUGAAGCUAUGA